GCGGGUUCUCAGCCUGAGAACCCGCUCUGCCGUCGGAGGCUCCCAUCUAGGUUAGCGGCAGGCCGGGCUUACCCCUCAAUUAGGAGGGCUCUGAGGCCUGUGGCUCGGUCAAGCACCGGCCACUGAACCCUUGGGUUCUGGUGCUGCAGGGACUACUUGGAAAACGUGGGCGUCUGUGCUCUCAGCCCUGGGCUGCAAGCCCGUCUCCUAGGUGACCCUGAGGCCCAGGAGAGGAUCAGGCGAGCAGAAUGAGCGACUGGAAUAAGAUCUUUGCCCAGAAUGCUCUUGUCCCUCCGCAUCCGCAGAGAGCCCGGCAGCUUCUAAAGGAGUCCACUGCGUUUCAGUGUGUCCUGAAGUGGCUGGAUGGGCCGCUAAUUAAGCAGGGUGCGCUGGAGAUGCUGUCGGAGGUCGAGUGCCAUCUGCGAGUGUCUCUCUUUGACAUCACUUACCGACACUUCUUUGGGAGGACGUGGAGAACCACAGUGAAGCCGACUAAGCAGCUUGCGCGGCAGCCGCCCAGGAUUGUCUUCGGGGAGCCCCUCUACUUUCAUACAACCUUAAACCACCCGAACAUCGUGGCUGUGGUUGAAGUAGUUGCUGAAGGCAAGGAGCAAGGUGGGACUCUCCAGGCCUUGUCCUGUGGGUUUGGAAUCCUUCGGAUCUUCAGCAGCAGGGCAGACUCUCUGACCUCUCCGAACCAGGACAAACGGUUGAAGCUGUAUCACGGCACCCCUAGAGCCCUGUUGCACCCGCUUCUCCAGGACCCCAUAGAACAAAACAAGCACAUGACCCUCAUCGAGAACUGCAGCCUGCGCUACACGCUGCGGCCACACCCAGCCCUGGAGCCCAUCUUCCACCUGCUGCCUGAGAAUCUGCUGGUGUCCGGGCUGCGGCCCAUCCCUGGCCUCCUUGCAGCGCACGGCGACGUGGGUGAUGCCCUCCGGAAGCCACGCCUUCAGAAGACCUGCACGUGGCACUUGGACGACGUCUUCUUCACCUUGUACCCCUCCCUGGAGAAGUUCGAGGCGGAGCUUCUGGAACUCCUCGCUGAGGACCACUCCCAGGAGGGGGGUGGCCCACUGGACUGCGGUGCCCUGGAGGUCCUGGAGCGGCGCCUGCACGUGGGUGUGCACAACGGCCUGGGCUUCGUGCAGAGGCCGCAGGUGGUGGUGCUGGUGCCCGAGAUGGAUCUGGCCUUGACGCGCUCCGCCAGCUUCAGCAGGAAGGUCAGCUCUUCCUCCAGGACCAGCCCUGGAAACCAGGCUCUGGUUUUGAGAAGCCGCCUGCGACUCCCCGAGAUGGUCAGACACCCCGCGUUCGCCUUUGUCUUGCAGCUGGAGUACGUGUUCCGCGGCCCUUCAGGCAUGGAUGGCAAUGCGGCGUUGGUCACGUCCUUGUCCAACCUGGCGAGCAUGCGCAUGGUCCGCUGGGCUGUCUGGAACCCCGAGCUGGAAGCCAGUGAUGGAAAGGUCACCUUGCCUCUGCAGGGCGGGCCCGGGCCCUGCCCCUCACACUGCCUGGUCUAUAAGGUGCCAUCGGACAGCAGGAGCUCUGAGGAGGUGAAGCAGGUGGAGGCAGGGACAGUGCAGUUCCGGUUCUCGCUGAGCCCACAGGACACGGCUGAGGUGCGCUCCCAGGGGCCCUUGUUGGAGCGGUCAGAGCAAUCGGAACGGCAGUUGUGCAAGAGGCCCUUGACACCCCCCACAGGCUCGCCAGCACCCGCACGCCAGGAUCUCGCUGCCACUCAGGACUCGCCUGUGGGACCAGGGUUGUCGCUUUCUCAGCUGGCGGCUUCCCCACUGUCCCCAGCUCAGCGCCACUCAGCCAGAUCCAGUCCGAAGCCACUGGAUGGUUCCCAGCCUGAGAUAGGGGACUUCCUGCUGGGGGGCAGGAUCUCUCACCUGGAGGCUGACCUGAGCCAGACCCCUGUUGUCCUGGAAGACUGUGUCACUGAGCACCUACAGGAGCUGCCGUUCACCCCUCUGCACGCCCCCAUAGUCGUGGGAGCCCAGACCCGGAGCGCCGGAGGCCGGCUCUCGAGGGCCACCAUGGCACUCCUGCAGUCCUUCAGCUUCCCAGAGAUUCUGGAUGCCAGCCAGCAGCCCGCCGAGGCCGUGAGCCCUGCAGAGCCGGUGCAGUUCAGCCCUCAGAAGGAAGAGUCCGAUCGCCUGCAGGGCAACGAGAUCGUGCUGCACUUCCUGGCCUUCAGCAGGGUGGCCCAGGACCGCCGAGGAGCACCGUGGCCAAAGACUGUGUAUUUCACCUUCCAGUUCUACCGCUUCCCACCCACGACCACACCGCGCCUGCAGCUGGUGCAGCUGGAUGGGACCGGGAAGACCAGCUCGGGUUCCCUGUCCCACGUCCUCGUUCCCAUCAGUAAGGACGGCUCCUUUGACGCCGGGUCCCCCGGCUUGCAGCUGAGGUACACAGUGGGGCCUGGAUUCCUGAAGCCGGGCGAGCAGCGCUGGUUCCUCCGCUACCUGGCUUCGCAGACGCUGCAGAUCGACGUCUGGGACGGGGAUUCCCUGCUCCUCGUCGGAUCGGCCGGCGUCUCCAUGAAACACCUUCCCCGCCAAGGCCGGCCGGCCGUGCAGGUUCUCCACGAGCUAGAGGUUGUGGCCACCGAGUACCAGCAGGACACGGUGGUGGGGAGCGGAGACCUGGCCAGGUUUGGCAGCGUCAAGCCCAUCGGGGUCCACACACUGGUGAAGGGCCGGCUGCACCUGACUUUGGCCAACGUGGGUCACGCCUGUGAACGGAGAGCGACAGAGCCUGGCUCGCUGCCGCCGUCCCGAUCUCGGGUCAUCUCCAGUGAUGGAGCCGGCCGCUUCCCUGGGGGCAGCCUCCUCACGCAGGGAGCCUUGAGACCAGGGAGGAAUGUGGUCCAGGCACAGAGGCUGGCCGACGUGGACAGCGAGCUGGCCGCCAUGCUGCUGACCCCUGCGCCGGGCAGCCGGGGACCCCGGGGCAGUGCCUGCGAGGUGGACGCUGUGCGCAGGCGCAAGCUGGAGAGGAUGAGGUCCGUGCGCCUGCAGGAGUCGGGAGCGGAGCCUGUGGGCCGCAGGACUGCGGUGCUGGCCCAGCAGAGCACACGCAUGCAGCACUCCCGGGACCUGCAGGUCAUUGACGCCUACAGGGAGCGCACCAAGGCAGAGAGCAUCGCCAGCGUGCUGAGGCUGGCCAUCACCACACAGCACACACUCUACGCCUCGCUGGGCACAGCUGAGUUCUUUGAGUUCACCCUGAAGAACCCCCACAACACGCAGCACACGGUGUCUAUAGAGAUCGACAACCCCGAGCUCAGCCUCAUCGUGGACAGUCGAGAGUGGAGGUUCUUCAAAGACACUGCCGGCCUGCACACUCCGCUCGAGGAGGACAUGUUCCACCUGCGUGGUGAUCUGGCCCCCCAGCUUUACCUGCGUCCCCGGGAGACCACCCACAUACCCUUCAAGUACCAGAGCUUCUCCACGGGCCCGCUUGCUCCUGCACAGGGCUCUGCAGAGCCGAGUGCUGAGAAGAGCGGGGAUGCUGGAGCGCCUUGGAAGGCUAGCGCUGUGCCCACCAAACAUGCCAAGGUCCUGUUCCGAGCAGGUGGCGGCAAGCCCCUGGCUGUUCUCUGCCUGACGGUGGAGCCCCAGCCGCACGUGGUGGACCAGGUCUUCCGCUUCUAUCACCCGGAGCUCACCUUCCUGAAGAAGGCCAUCCGCCUGCCGCCCUGGCACACACUUCCAGGUGCCCCCGUGGGAAGACCUGGGCAGGAGCCGCCAGUGCAUGUGCGGUGCAGCGACCCGAAUGUCGUCUGUGAGGCCCAGCACGUGGGCCCCGGGGAGCCCCGGGAUGUGUUUCUGAAGGUGGCCAGCGGUCCCAGCCCAGAGAUCAAAGACUUCUUUGUCAUCAUUUAUGUGGACCCCUGGCUGGCAGUGCCCGUGCAGACCUGGCAGGUCUGCCUCCACUCCUUGCAGCGGGUGGAUGUCUCCUGUGUUGCGGGCCAGGUGACGCGCCUGUCCCUCGUGCUCCGGGGGACACAGAUGGUUAGGAAAGUGAGGGCCUUCACCUCCCACCCCCAGGAGCUCAAGAUGGACCCUGCAGGUGACUUCCUGCUGCCCCCUCAUGGGGUUCAGGACCUACAUGUGGGGGUGCGGCCCCACAGGGCCGGCAGCCGCUUUGUGCACCUCAACCUGGUUGACGUGGACUUCCACCAGCUGGUGGCCUGCUGGCUGCUGUGCCUCUCCUGCCGCCAGCCGCUCAUUUCUAAGGCCUUCGAGAUCACCGUGGCAGUUGGGGAAGGCAAGGGCGCCAACAAGCGGAUCACCUACACCAACCCCUACCCCGCCCGGAGGACCUUCCACCUGCACAGUGACCGCCCGGACCUGCUACAGUUCAGGGAGGAUGCCUUCCAGGUCGGCGGCGGCGAGACUUACACCCUUGGUCUGCGGUUCGCGCCAGGCGGGAGGCCGGGGCAGGAGGAGGUCCUGAUCUACAUCAAUGACCAUGAAGACAAGAACGAGGAGACCUUCUGUGUGAAGGUCACCUACCAGUGAGCGUGGGCACCGUGUUGCCCAGGCCCGAACCCGGCUGGCGGGGGAGGGUGCCACAGUUGUUCCCGUGAUGCCCAUGUCCAGCUGAGCUGCAGCCUGUACUGACCACAUUCACAGGCCUGUCCCUAGGCCUGAGUGUGAGCCCUGGCAGGUGAGGGGCAAGGGCAGUGGCCGGGGUGGCCCUGCAGGAGAACCACUUCGUCCCUCUAUAACACAUGGAGGUCGUCACCAUCUGUGACUUUGUUUUGAUUUGUUUUUAGCAAAGUGUAUUUUAUAAAUCAUCCUAAGUAAUAAAAUUAUAUUUUUCUUACUGGAUUUGCACAGACGGAAUAUAUUAUUUGCUACAGUGUUUGACAGCA